AUGGACGGGCCCGAUCUGUCCCACAGCAUCUCGAUGCACCCUCACGCGUUCCGCACCCAGUCCGACUCGGCCAGCCGCCUCGCGAUGCCACAGUCGCCCCGCCCGUCUUCCGUGUCGCGAGGAGCGGCGAGCACCGGCAUCGAAGCCAAUGAAGCUAGCGAAGAUACCGCUGUAGCCCGCCAUCCUCCAGCAGCGGCAGGGGACGUUGAAAUCGAAAGCCAGCGCGCCGGUCGCUUCCCACUAAUCGGCGCCGGCAACGACCCAUAUGGUCUAUCCCAGCGGUACAAGACGGCCUCCGAGCUAGCCGAGAUCAAGGCGAACACGUCUAAAAAGCGUGACGCUGCCCAAUCGCACCAGCAACCCGGUUCAGCAAAGAAGACGUCGUCCAAAACAACAAGUAAUCUCGCUCGAUAUCUCAAGCCCUUCGGGCGCAAUACGACCAAGGCGCGCCGCCUCGAAGGGUUUUACCAGGCCCAGAACGAGACCAUUGAACGGCUGCUCAAGAGCGUCGACGAGCACUGCGCUGAUGCACGGCAGGAACAGGGCGAUGACCACCUCAAAUUCAAAAUCGCCAUAUGGGGCUCGCUCGCUGCCAACAUCAUCCUCACCGCCCUACAGCUCUACGCGGCUAUCUCGUCUGGCUCGCUCUCGCUCUUCACCACCAUGGCUGAUGCCAUCUUCGACCCACUCUCCAACAUCACCCUCAUCCUGACAAACCGGGCCGUCGGUCGCGUCGACCCGGCCCGCUUCCCCUCUGGCAAGGCGCGUCUUGAGACAGUCGGCAACAUCGUCUUUUGCUUCCUCAUGACCGCCGUGUCACUCAUCAUCAUCGCCUUCGCCGCCCGCGAGCUCGCUCAGAGCGACGGCGAGCUACAGGGCUUCCAUCUCCCAUCUAUCAUCUCGGUAUGCGCGGCCUUUGCUACCAAGUUCACCCUCUUCCUGUACACGUGGUCCAUCAAGGACCGCUAUUCACAGGUUCGCAUCCUAUGGCAGGACCACCGCAACGACCUGUUGGUCAAUGGCUUCGGUAUCCUCACCUCGGUCGGCGGCAGCAAACUUGUCUGGUGGCUCGACCCAGCUGGCGCCAUCCUGUUGUCGGUCGUGAUCUCAUCCCUCUGGCUCCGCACGGCCUUCACUGAGUUCUUGCUUCUCGUCGGCGUCGUUGCGCCCGUCGAGAUCCAGCAGCUCAUCACCUAUGUGUGUGUAACCCACUCACCUGCCGUCCGCCAAAUCGAUACGGUCCGUGCUUAUCACUCGGGCCCCCGCCUCAUCGCCGAGGUCGAUGUUGUCAUGGAUCCGGAUGCGACGCUGCAGGAGACGCACGAUAUUGCGGAGGAACUGCAAAUAAAGCUAGAGCGCUUGCCGGAUAUCGAACGCGCGUACGUCCAUGUUGACUAUGAGACAACGCAUAAGCCGGAGCAUGCGUUUAAGAAAGAUCUGUGA